CCGGCCUUGGCGACCACGCGAAGAACCGUCUUGACCAGCGACCGCGGGCGGCAUCUCCGCCUCCCACGCCGCCUCGCUUCCCGGCGAAAGCCACGGCCGUCUCCGUCUUCCACCCCACCCCACGUGCCGUGCUCCGCACGUAAGUGCACAUUCCCCUCGCCCCCCUCGUCGCGGAGCCGGUUCUGGUGCCCCGCCAUCUGAAUUGUGCCAUCGAGGGGAGCAUACGGCGAAAUGGCGGUUGCCGCGCUCCUGCGCCGGGGGGCGCUCUCGUCGUCGUGCCGCCAUGAUGUUUAUAUCCGUUGCCUUCUCUCCUAUUAUGAUCUACAUCCCUUGGUCAAUUCUGCCAAUUUAAAAUUUUGGAGGGGCAACCACAACUCUGGGAAGUUUGAUUUCACUGAUAUGACGCAUCCUCAUUUAUGGUAUCCGAAUGCCCGAGAAAAGAAGCGCAAUGUAUUUUUGCAUGUUGGUCCUACAAAUAGUGGGAAAACACAUAAUGCCCUCAAACGAUUAGAAGCAAGCUCUUCAGGUGUGUACUGUGGACCUCUAAGAUUGUUAGCACGGGAGGUAGCAGAAAGAUUAAACAAAGCUAAUGUUCCCUGUAACUUGACUACUGGACAAGAAAGGGAAGAAAUUGAAGGUGCAAAGCAUAGCUCAGUGACGGUUGAGAUGGCUGAUGUGACGACUGAGUAUCAGUGCGCUGUUAUUGAUGAAAUUCAGAUGGUUGGCUGUAGAACAAGGGGUUGUUCAUUUACACGUGCACUGCUGGGGCUUUGUUCAGAUGAGCUUCAUGUUUGUGGUGACCCAGCUGUUGUCCCUAUUAUUCAGCGAUUGCUUGAAGCUACUGAUGAUGUGGUUACGAUUCAAUAUUAUGAGAGACUAUCUCCUUUGGUUCCUUUGAAGUCUACACUUGGGCCUUUUUCAAACAUCAAGGCAGGGGAUUGCAUGGUAACGUUCUCACGGCGUGAGAUAUAUAAGCUUAAGAGAAAAAUUGAAAUGGCGGGAAAUCAUCUUUGCUCUGUAGUCUAUGGCUCAUUACCACCAGAAACUCGAACGAAACAGGCGACAAUGUUCAAUGAUGAAGCCAGUGACCUUAAUGUGCUAGUGGCUAGCGAUGCUAUUGGAAUGGGUCUUAAUCUGAACAUUUCUAGAAUUAUUUUCUCUACACUGAAGAAGUUUGAUGGUAUCUGCACCAGGGAGCUGACUGUGCCUGAGAUCAAACAGAUUGCAGGCAGAGCUGGGAGAUAUGGGUCUAAAUUCCCAGUUGGCGAAGUGACCUGUCUAGAUGCUGAAGAUCUCCCGUUACUACACUCAUCCCUGAAGUCACCUUCUCCCAUUAUAGAGCGUGCUGGACUUUUUCCCACAUUUGAUUUAUUGUCCGUGUAUUCACGAUUACAUGGAACUGACUUUCUUCACCCUAUAUUGGAACGUUUCUUGGACAAGGCUAAACUGUCUCCGGACUAUUUUAUUGCCGAUUGCGAAGAUAUGCUGAAAGUUGCUGCUAUUGUUGAUGAGUUGCCUCUUGCGUUGCGUGAUAAGUACAUCUUUUGUCAAAGUCCAGUGGAUGUGAGGGAUGAUAUAUCUACUCAAGGAUUAACACAGUUUGCAGAAAAUUAUGCAAAGAAAGGCAUAGUUCGGCUUAAAGAAAUAUUUACACCUGGAACACUGCGGGUGCCUACAACACACAAUCAACUCCAGGAGCUUGAAUCGGUUCACAAGGUCCUAGAGUUGUAUGUGUGGUUAAGCUACAGAUUUGACGACUCUUUCCCAGAUCGUGAAUUGGCGGCUUCCCAAAAGUCAAUAUGCAGCAUGUUGAUUGAAGAAUACCUUGAGAGGUCAGGAUGGCAGCAACAAGGACAAAGAAGGGUUUUGCGUACUCCACGGAAAAUGCGCCGAGAAUAUGAUGCGUUACAAUUGCGCGGAUAUUUUCGAGAAAUUGACGCAAGAUCAAAAUAGAGGCUGAUUCAAGAAACAACACCUCACCAUAUUUGGUCAAUAUUUGAGCAAAUGUCCAGGGAAUGCAUCUGACUAUCCUACUGGAUAUGUGAAAUGUGAUCACUGGCAAGCAGCGAUAAAAUGACACCUGUGUGGCAGAAGAUCUACUUGGACUCGCCUUUCAAUGCCAUUGAAGUUGACCUUACGUAGUCAAUGUGGCAGCACAUAAUAUUAUUCUCCAUCCAUGAGAUUUGUACUACUUCCUCUGUUCACUUUUAUAAGACCUUGAAGACAUUUCAGACAAUGUACAAAACAUCCCAUUUUGAGUUGUCUGAAAUGACUUACAAAAGUGAAAGGAGGGAGUAGUUCUUUCAGUAGCACUUUCUGUAACUACUAACUAGUGCAAAUGGAAUUGUACAUUAUAAGUAAAACAUGAGGUGCAGGCAUGAAGAACCAUUUGUCAUAUUGCAGUGCACCAUUCCAAAUUAUUUGAAGUUCUAGCUUUGUCCUAAGUUGAACUUCUUUAAGUUUGAUUAAUUUCAUUAGUUUCCUCAUAAAAUAAGUUUCCAUACUAUAUGUAUAUUUGAUGUUGUAAAUAUUAGCACAUUUUGCUGUGGACAUGGUAAAAUUUAUUAAAUUUUGACUUAGGACAAAGCUAGAACUUCAUAUAAUUUGGAAUGGAGGGAGUAUAUACAAUGACGAUAAUUUUCAUGCCUGUAACUCUAUGGUAUCAGAAAGGCAUUAAUGUGUUUGCUCAACUGUUGGAAAUAAGGGAGCGUAAAUAAGGCUGCUGAUUUUGUGAAGUCUGAA